AUGGCACAAUACCAAGGUGGUUACCAAGGCGGGCACCAGAUGACCGACAUGACGAACUAUCCUCCUCGUCGGAGAACCGAUGAUGAAGCCCAGGCACAUCUACUACAACAGAGCGCCUACCAAAAUCCCUAUGACGAUCCUCAUUCCCGACCGCAUAGCCCAGGUCAAGAUGCUUACAACCUGAACGAGUCUUACGUUGGUGGUGAUCGUGACAAACUGCCAACCACCAACUUUGGCUAUGAUACUGGCUACAACUCAAGCGCCGGCACUCUGCCGAAUCCACCUGAUCCUUACGCGACCGGCCCGAACCCCUAUGAGAGAUCAGAUUCCACCGAGGCUUGGAGACAGAGACAAAACACCAACAUCAAGCGCUAUGCCACCCGCAAAGUCAAGCUGGUUCAAGGCAGCGUCUUGAGUAUCGACUAUCCAGUCCCAUCCGCCAUCCAGAAUGCCAUCCAAGCCAAGUAUCGCAAUGAUCUUGAAGGCGGCAGCGAGGAAUUCACUCACAUGCGCUACACUGCCGCGACCUGUGAUCCCGACGAGUUCACUCUCAAGAACGGCUACAACCUGCGCCCAGCCAUGUACAAUCGCCACACUGAGCUACUGAUUGCGAUCACCUAUUACAACGAAGACAGAGUUCUGACUGCCCGCACCCUACACGGUGUGAUGCAGAACAUUCGCGAUAUUGUCAACCUGAAAAAAUCCGAGUUUUGGAACAAGGGCGGUCCUGCGUGGCAGAAAAUCGUGGUCUGUCUAGUCUUUGAUGGUAUCGACCCCUGCGACAAAGAAGUCCUGGACGUUUUGGCGACAAUUGGUUGUUACCAGGAUGGCGUGAUGAAGAAGGACGUUGAUGGCAAAGACACAGUUGCGCACAUUUUUGAAUACACUACUCAACUGUCAGUGACUGCCAACCAGCAACUUAUCCGACCCAACGAUAAUGACACCACAUCGCUUCCGCCUGUCCAGAUGAUGUUCUGUCUUAAGCAAAAGAACAGCAAGAAGAUCAACUCUCAUCGCUGGCUUUUCAAUGCUUUCGGCCGCAUUCUCAACCCCGAAGUCUGCAUUCUUCUCGAUGCGGGUACCAAGCCCGGCACCAAGUCUCUACUCGCUCUAUGGGAAGCCUUCUACAACGACAAGGAUCUGGGUGGAUCAUGUGGUGAGAUACACGCCAUGUUGGGCCCCGGCUGGCGGAAGCUAUUGAAUCCUUUGGUCGCCGCUCAGAACUUCGAGUACAAGAUCUCCAACAUUCUGGACAAGCCUCUCGAAAGUUCCUUCGGUUAUGUCAGUGUGUUGCCUGGUGCUUUCUCUGCCUACCGCUUCCGAGCCAUCAUGGGACGACCCCUGGAACAGUAUUUCCACGGUGAUCAUACUCUAUCCGCUCGCCUGGGCAAGAAAGGUAUCGAGGGCAUGAACAUUUUCAAGAAGAACAUGUUUUUGGCCGAGGAUCGAAUUCUCUGUUUCGAAUUGGUCGCCAAAGCUGGGUCCAAAUGGCAUUUGACCUAUGUCAAAGCUUCCAAAGGUGAGACUGAUGUUCCCGAAGGUGCUGCGGAAUUCAUCGGUCAGCGACGUCGUUGGCUCAACGGUUCCUUUGCUGCCUCGAUCUAUUCUCUCAUGCAUUUUUCGCGGAUGUACAAGUCUGGCCAUAACAUCAUCCGCAUGUUCUUCUUGCAUCUCCAGAUGGUCUACAACAUUGUUUCGGUCGUACUCUCCUGGUUCUCAUUGGCAGCUUUCUGGCUCACAACAAAAGUCAUCAUGGAUUUGGUUGGACAACCCGGAAACAGUUCAAACAACAAUCGCACAGCUUUCCCCUUCGGCAACGAGGUCACACCGAUCGUCAACACGAUCCUCAUUUACCUUUACUUGGGAUUCUUACUCCUGCAGUUCAUCCUGGCCUUGGGAAAUCGUCCGAAGGGUUCCAAGAUCGCCUACGUUAUCUCAUUCUGUGUGUUCGCCCUCAUUCAGCUCUACAUUAUCGUUCUAUCCAUGUAUCUCGUGGUGCGCGCAUUCACCUCUCCGGACAGCACCGACAUUGUGGUGAACGAAGGCGCCAACGAAUUCGUCAAGUCUUUCUUCGCGUCCACCGGUCCGGGUAUCAUUAUCAUUGCUCUUGCUGCAACGUUCGGCCUCUACUUUGUUGCAUCGUUCAUGUACAUGGAUCCAUGGCACAUGUUUACAUCCUUCAUCCAGUACCUUCUAUUGAUGCCAUCUUUCAUCAACAUUUUGAUGAUCUAUGCCUUCAGCAAUUGGCAUGAUGUUUCCUGGGGUACCAAGGGUUCAGACAAGGCUGAUGCCCUGCCAUCCGCUCAGACCAAAAAGGAUGAGAAAGGAAAGACCGCUGUUAUCGAGGAAGUCGACAAGCCUCAGGCGGAUAUCGAUAGCCAGUUUGAGGCUACGGUUCGUCGUGCUCUUGCUCCCUACAAUCCACCCAAGGAAAAGGACGAAAAGAGUUUGGAAGAUUCAUACAAGAACUUCCGCACUCGUUUAGUAGCUACCUGGAUCUUCUCCAACGCCCUAUUGGCAGUUGCCAUCACUAGCGAGAGUGCGGACCAAUUUGGGUUCACAUCUGGAGCCAACACGCGUACUCAGAACUUCUUCCAGGCCCUUCUUUGGACAACUGCUGCUCUUUCCUUGGUCCGAUUCAUUGGAUGCUGUUGGUUCUUGGGCAAGACCGGUCUUUUGUGCUGCUUCGCUAGACGAUAG